ACAGAGGAGGGUGGCACGGCCCCCACCGCAGGAAGGUCGUGACUACGACGGACACAGUUGGAAAUGUCCCAGGUGUUUGUGUUUUUGGGAAAGUGAAGACUUUCAGCGAUUUGUACCUGCUUUGUCCUGGUGUGUGUUAAGUCUGUUCAGAAGAUGGCUGACCCUUGGCAGGAGUGCAUGGACUGUGCGGUGACACUAGCAAGACAGGCUGGAGAGGUGGUUCGUGAUGCCCUGAAAAAUGAAAUGAAUGUUAUGAUUAAAAGUUCUCCAGCUGAUUUGGUAACUGCUACUGACCAAAAAAUUGAAAAAAUGCUUAUCUCUUCUAUAAAGGAGAAGUAUCCAUCUCACAGUUUCAUUGGUGAGGAAUCUGUGGCAGCUGGGGAAAAAAGUGUCUUAACCGACAACCCUACGUGGAUCAUUGACCCUAUUGAUGGAACAACUAACUUUGUACACAGAUUUCCUUUUGUAGCUGUUUCAAUUGGAUUUGUUGUAAAUAAAAAGAUGGAAUUUGGGGUUGUGUACAGCUGUGUGGAGGAUAAGAUGUACACCGGCCGGAAAGGGAAGGGGGCCUUCUGUAACGGUCAGCAGCUGCGGGUUUCACAGCAGGAAGAUAUUACCAAAUCACUCUUGGUGACAGAGUUGGGCUCUUCCAGAACACCAGAGACUGUAAGAAUUAUUCUGUCUAAUAUGGAAAAGCUUCUUUGCAUUCCCAUUCAUGGGAUUCGAGGUGUUGGGACAGCAGCUGUUAACAUGUGCCUCGUGGCGGCCGGCGUUGCGGAUGCGUACUACGAAAUGGGCAUUCACUGCUGGGACAUGGCGGGAGCUGGCAUUAUCGUUACUGAAGCUGGUGGAGUGCUCCUGGAUGUAACAGGUGGACCGUUUGAUUUGAUGUCACGAAGAAUAAUUGCUGCGAGUAGUAAAACAUUAGCAGAAAGGAUAGCCAAAGAAAUUCAGAUAUUACCUUUUCAAAGAGACGAUGAAGAUUAAUUACAGCAGACUCAUAUGUUCAAUGACAGUUGCAUCUCCCCAGGUUUUGCUGAUGCACUGAUGGGGUUACAAAAUUUAGGACACCUGUUUCAGAUGUAUAAUAUAAUUGGUUUAAAUUGUCAUUGAUGUCCAGAUUAAAAAAUUGCAACUUGUUUUAUAUUUUACUAAACUAGGUAUGAAAAAAUAGAUGAAAUGUUUGUUUUAUUGCUUUAAAAAAAUUUUGCACGGAAGAAUGUACUUUGGGAAAAAUACGCAGGCAGUUCAUGAGAUCGGUGUCAUCAACUGAGACAGUCAGUUAGCAACGUAGCAUUUCUAAGUAUAUAUGAGCCUCUGAAGUUUUGACUUACUAUUUAUACACAUAAGCAUUCUUAAUUAGAAAGUUAACUUUUUGGAAAAAAUUUUCUCUGUAGUGCCAAAAGCCAUAUUUGAUUAAAUUUGUAAGAAUAUAACGAAUAUUUCCUAGACCAAGGUUUCUUUGUUUGCAAAGAACCUGGUUGUGUUCAUCAGUGGACACAUAGCACUUAACACAGGACUUGUCCAACAUAGACAAUCCAAAAGUAAGCGUUGAAAGAAUGACUGUUUAGAGGGUAGCAGUUCCUAGUUAUAACAGACACAUAAAGUAAUGAGCUCACUGUCUGUAGUUUUACUUCAGGUUUUGAAAUAAAAAUUAUCUAGUCAUCCUUUUCAUCUUUCACAUUACCAUUCCUUCUAACAUUUCAUAUAACCUUACCAUUUCAAUUACCCUAGCGCCAGAUAUCAUUCCUAAUUGUGGGCAUUUCUGCAGUUGAUAUGGUUUUCAAAACACUGCGUUACAGUAUUUGUUUGGAUUCCUUUAAAGUCCCUAUGUAAAAGCAAAGAAACUGUUUCAAAAAAGCACCCUCAUCAGGUGUCUGAUAUAAUUAGAUACAGUAAAAUUUUUUUUUUAUUUUGAGGAAGAUUGGCCCUGAGCUAACAUCUGUUGCCAAUCUUCCUCCUUUUUUCCUUUUUUCUCCCCAAAGCUCCAGGAGAUAGUUGUAUGUCAUAGUUGUACAUCCUUUUCGUUGCUCUACGUGGGACGCGGCCUCAGCAGCAUGGGUUGAUGAGUGGUGCAUAGGUCCACGCCCAGGAUCCGAACCGGUGAACCCUGCGCCGCCAAAGCGGAGUGCGCAAACUUAACCGCUACAACACCAGGCCGGUCCCUCACUAAAACGUUUUACUAAAUUCAGGAUUUAUGUUUUAAAGGUGUUCAGACUGGUCCGGUUGUGCACAGGAAACCUAGAACCUGCAAAUAUACUGUACUGUUAAUAUUGAA